CCAAGAUUCAACAUGCGACCUGCCUGAGAACAGUCUUUGAGGAUACAUUACUUCCCUAAGUUUGAACGUUGUAGAUGUUUUCAUGCGAGAGCUAUAAAAGUGAUCAUGGAGGAGGAAAUGUCUCUUGCAAAAGAACAACACCAAGCAAGACUUUCAGAUGUGGAGAAUGAAAGUGAUGCUGAUGUGAUGAACUCACCUUCAGAGAGCAGUGACUAUGGAAUCAUUUACCUGAACCCUCAAACACCAAACUGGUCUCUGGUGGAGAAGUUUGCCAACCUUCCAGGAGACGGUCCAGGAGAGAAAAUGAUGGGAUUGUGUAAUGACCAAGGCCACCAUGUUCAAGUAUUGUCACGGUGCAAGGAAACUCUUCCAAAUGAUGCAAUCCACAUAUUUAAUGGCAUGUUUUUGGAGGCAACUCAAAAGAAUUGUUUCAAAAACCUCAAGACCAACCAAGUGCGAAAGGACGUCUCACCCAAAACGAAGGUGUCUAAGAUGGAAGCUGAGCUAGAGGAAAAUUCUCCAGGUGGAUGUGAGAACAAGAAUGAAAAGAAGAGAGUGAAAAGUCCACCUGUGAAGAAAUUGCAUAAAAAACAGGAAAAUGACAAGAUUCCUCGACUUUUGGUGGCAAUGAAAAAGCGUGAAGCCGACACACAGCACCGUCCCUUCAAGUGUCGGCAAUGUCACUGGGCCUUUAAGAAGCUGAGCAAUCUGCAGAGUCACUUACAAACUCACUCUGGCCUCAAGCCACAUGUGUGUGACAUAUGUGGCAAAGCUUACUCCCAUCAAGGCACACUACAGCAGCACAAGCGUCUGCACACCGGUGAAAGACCGUACCACUGCCCUUUCUGUGUCAAGACCUACAUUUGGUCCUCAGAUUACCGCAAGCACAUACGCACUCACACUGGUGAGAAACCGUAUGUCUGUGACUCCUGCGGGAAGGAUUUCAUCCGCUCGUCUGACCUGCGCAAGCACGAGCGGAACUUGCACACGAACAACAAGCCCUUCCCGUGCAGGCACUGUGGCAAGACCUUCUACAAACCACUCUCCCUGAAGCGCCAUGAGCGGAAGCACCUGGGGGAGCGGCCUUUCUCCUGCCCUGACUGUGGGAAGACGUUUACCCUUCCAAGUCGUUUGGAGGAGCACCGCAAGGUCCACACAGGUGUGCGUCCGUUCGUCUGCUCCGUGUGCUCCAAGUGCUUCACUAAGUCCUCCAACCUGGCCGAGCACGAGGCCAUCCACAGCGGAGUGCAACCGUUCAAGUGUGAGGAGUGUGGUGUGGCAUUUGCCAUGGCCUCCCGCCUCGUUCGUCACCAGUACGUCCACAACAAGGGGAAACCGCUGCAGUGCACUGGCUGCAGCAAGAACUUCAGCCAGCCAAACAUGUUGAAGCUUCACCAGGAGCAAACCUGCGUCGGGAGAAUCUUUGUCUGUGUGACGUGUCACAAAUCGUUCAAGUGUGCAGCAAAGCUAGCUCAGCACAUGCUGCGCCACAGCGACGUGAGCAGCGGAGUCUGAUGCCCACUUACACCAGCAUACCCGUGUCAUACCAGUACGCACUGCCAGUGUAAUAUUUGUACAGGUUUAAAGCUUAAACCUUAGCUUCAAGACCAAUUGACAAUUGCUGUGGCGUGGGCUGAAAAAACGUCAUCAAAUUGUUUGCAAGGGUUCUCCACGGAACCAACAUUUUGUGACCACAUGGACCUUAUGCAUGGAGAAGCCAAAAUGUUCAUUUUACACCUACAGAGCCAAACUUUAAUGACUUUUAAAAUGUAUGCUACACACACAUAAAAUGUAUAUUAAUAUACCUGUAUCCCCACGAUUGUGUCUACUGGCGGACAAAAGUCUUGUUCCACAAAGAGUAUUACAGGAUUUCUACAGGUUUUAUUGUAGCCAUUAGGCUUAUUUCACAUAAUUGGAAGAGUCUACACAGACCAGAUGAAAGACCUCGUCCACUAAUGGUCAUCUGUCGGGAGGCUUGCCGAGGAGCGACAGCAGUGGAGGCCAGUGAGCCCAGUGGGCAGAAACAUGUCUUAUGUUUAUGUAAGAUCAUAUAAGUGUGAAUUUAUACCAGAACCAAAACGUUCAUGUUUUAUUGUUCUCUUUUUUUUUUGUUUUUUUUUUCUGUUUUCUGUCUUUGACUCUAAAGGCCGUGGUAUACUUCGGUGCGCGUGGCGUGCACGUCCCAUAUCGUGGACCCUAGUGCGUCAGGGUCCUGUAGUAUCUGACUACACCAUCGGGUGGCGGUACACGUCUGGACGCAGAGAAUAAGACGCAUUCCUACCAAAGAAGAAGAGAACGAUGCUACAGCGCCCUCUGACACGUGCAGUCCAUUGGCAGGGGAGUCGGGGGGUGUCAGCAGGUUUGAGGGUCACCAUGUUGAGGCUUGGAUGUCUGUCCUUGGUGACUACUUCCAAAGAAUAUUAAUAUUAAUAUUAGCUUAAGAUGCUCCUAAUAAACUGCCAAAUGACCACAUAUUGUAAUGAAUGGAAAAUAUUGUAUUUUAAUUUAGUUUAGGUUUCAACACUUUACCCCAAAUGUACUGAUUCACAGACUGAAUUGAAUUAGACUGGUAUCAGUGACAUUAGCUGCACAUAAUUGAAUGACAGCUCACAUAAGUUAAACAAAAUUUGGAAAGCUGAUACAGCAUUAGAGUCCAUCUGUCCUCAAUGUUUCCCUUCCUCUGGACAACAGAUGGGCUGUUUAUUUGCAACAGUCAAUCAUAAAUCUGGACCUAACCCCGACUCAUUACUGCGACCACAUUAAAGGCAUAGUGUAGUUGUGUUAGGCACUGAAACCUGCUCAGCAAAAAAAACAUUGCUGCCAGAGGACACCAAGUGGCAACCAUUAAAAUCUAAACUGCCAUUUUAAAAAUCACUGUGUUGGUUCAUUGGAAUCACCUGCAUUAUACCAGCUGACAGUCAGACACCUGUCCACUCAUACUUUGUGUUCUCCUCUAUUAAAGACCUGAACCUUGGAAAUGAGACCAUGAACUCCUCUGGAAAAUGGUUUAUGGACAUUAUAAAUCAAGUGAGAAUAGAAGCUAUUUAUUCAAAUGGACUUUUUGUUUUAUAUUAUAGUUUUGUGUUGGGAAUGCAAUGAAAACCACUGAAACAAAAAGCUAACCUAAAUCUUUAUCUUAAUUAUCUUAUGUGUACACUUUCCUACAACACGUUUUGUGUCACCUUGAAAACCACCAUAUUGAACUCCACAACUUGAGAGCGAUCUGGCAACAGGGCCGAGGGUAGACUGGAGCCUAAGAUCAGGAUCCAGAGUAAUGAGCUGCAGGUGAAGCAGAUCCACGAUUAGGAACCUCGUUAUUUAAAACUUAAUAACGAGGGCAGCAGACGAUCAACAACUUCUCUGCGCUGUGAUUGAACUUUGGUGAUUUUCUCUGUGGAGCAUUUACCAGAUGUAUGUCAUGUAACAAUAAAAAGUACCAUUUGUUUGACAAAAACAAUUAAAAAACAAACUGUAGACUAAUUCUAUCCAGAA